GUGUCCCUGUGACUGUCCCUGUGAUCUCGGGUCUUUCUUCCACCGCACCUCUUUUUUCCUUUUCUUCGUGACUCACCUGGCAUCAAUUUAAAAGAGGAAAAAGAAUCGAGGAAACAGAUUCGAAAAAGGAGAUCAAUUGGGAACUCAAUUGAACAUCACUCUCUUAUACACGCCUCAUCUUUCCCUUUCCCUUCACCCCCCCUUCCGCUGCGUCGUCUCCUGGGGCUUGCCCGGUGAUACCCUCGACGAAAUGCUCUCCCGGUCCAUCGCCCGCCAGUCACAAGCUCUCAGAGCUGCGACAAGGCGUCCUACCUUUGCCAGCCAUGCACGCCUCCUCUCCUCCACCGCGCCCCGACGCGCCGACGAGAAGCUGAACAAGGUCUCGGCCAACAUCACCCAGCCCAAAUCCCAGGGCGCCUCCCAGGCCAUGCUGUACGCCACCGGCCUGUCCGAGGACGACAUGAACAAGGCCCAGGUCGGCAUCUCGUCCGUCUGGUACGAGGGCAACCCCUGCAACAUGCACCUGCUCGACCUCUCCAACCUCGUCCGCAAGUCCGUCAAGGACGCCGGCCUCAUCCCCUACCAGUUCAACACCAUCGGUGUCUCGGACGGCAUCUCCAUGGGCACAAAAGGCAUGCGCUACUCCCUCCAGUCCCGCGAGAUCAUCGCCGACUCCAUCGAGACCGUCAUGAACGGCCAGUGGUACGACGGAAACAUCUCCCUGCCCGGCUGUGACAAGAACAUGCCCGGCGUCGCCAUCGCCAUGGGCCGCGUCAACCGCCCCAGCAUCAUGGUCUACGGCGGCACCAUCAAGCCCGGCUGCAGCAAGAGCGGCGAGUCCAUUGAUAUCGUCUCCGCUUUCCAGGCCUACGGCCAGUACAUCACCGGCGAGAUCACCGAGGAGGAACGCUUCGACAUCAUCCGCAACGCCUGCCCCGGCUCCGGCGCCUGCGGAGGAAUGUACACUGCCAACACGAUGGCCACCGCCAUCGAGACGCUCGGCCUGACGAUGCCGCACAGCUCCAGCAGCCCCGCCGAGGAUCCCGCCAAGAAGGCGGAGUGCGAGAACAUUGGCUCCGCCAUCAAGAACCUCCUCAAGGAGGACAUCCGCCCGCGCGACAUCAUGACCCGCCAGGCUUUCGAGAACGCCAUGGUCGUCGUCAACAUCCUCGGAGGCAGCACCAACGCCGUCCUCCACCUGCUCGCCAUCGCCGACUCCGUCGGCAUUAAGCUCACCGUCGACGACUUCCAGGCCGUCUCGGACCGCACGCCCUUCCUGGCCGAUCUGAAGCCUUCCGGAAAGUACGUCAUGGCCGAUAUGCACCGCAUCGGCGGCACCCCCGGUCUGCUCAAGUUCCUCUUGAAGGAGGGCUUGAUUGACGGCUCCGGCAUCACCGUCACCGGUAAGACGAUGAAGGAGAACGUCGCCAGCACGCCCGACUUCCCCGACGACCAGCCCAUCAUCCGCCCCUUCAGCAACCCCAUCAAGCCGACGGGCCACAUCCAGAUCCUCCGCGGCCAGCUCGCGCCCGGCGGCUCCGUGGGCAAGAUCACCGGCAAGGAGGGCCUCGUCUUCACCGGCAAGGCGCGCGUCUUCGACGAGGAGGACGGCUUCAUCGCCGCCCUGGAGCGCGGCGAGAUCAAGCAGGGCGAGAAGACGGUCGUCAUCAUCCGCUACGAGGGCCCCAAGGGCGGUCCCGGCAUGCCCGAGAUGCUGAAGCCCAGCUCCGCCAUCAUGGGCGCCGGGCUGGGCAAGGACGUGGCGCUGCUGACGGACGGACGGUUCUCUGGCGGCUCGCACGGGUUCCUGAUUGGGCAUAUCGUGCCGGAGGCGAUGGAGGGCGGUCCGAUCGGGUUGGUGCAGGACGGGGACGAGAUUACGAUUGACGCGGAGAAGAGGGUGAUCGAUACGAAUGUGUCGGAUGAGGUGAUGGCGGAGCGCAGGGCCAAGUGGACGGCGCCGCCGCCCAAGUAUACCAAGGGUACGCUGAAGAAGUACUCUGCUCUUGUGAGCGAUGCUAGCUCCGGAUGUGUCACGGACGGCAAGAUCUAA